AUGGGAGGGAGCCGCUUCCCCGGGGAGAGAGUCCUCUUCUACCUUGUUCUCCAUCUCCUGCUUCAAGCACAAGACCAUUCUUUCGCCAUCAACUGCCCAGGGUUUGGCGAGCCGGUGGGUCUGGAUUCUGGCUUUGGCAGAAAGCCCUUCCCUCCAGUCAUCAGCUUUGCUGUCCCCGUCCGGGUCAACAUCUCCUUCACCAUAAUUGCCAUCAUGGAUGUGGAUGAACAGCUGCAGCUCAUGACCUCAUUCCUGUGGCUAGAAAUGGUCUGGGAUAACCCCCUGCUGCGCUGGCGCCCGGAAGAGUGUGAGGGCAUCCGCAAAAUGAGUGUGGCGGCCAGGAACCUGUGGCUCCCAGACGUUUCCGUCAUUGAAUUAGCAGAGGUGCAGAAAACCCCCAGAGGGCUCACAGCAUUCAUAAGUAAUGAAGGUCGCAUCCGGUAUAAGAAACCCAUGAAGGUGGCCAGUCUCUGCAACCUGGACAUCUUCUACUUCCCCUUUGACAAACAGAACUGCACACUCACCUUCCGAUCACAGCUCUACACAGCGGACAGCCUGGUACUGGGCAUGGAGAAGGAAGUGUGGGAAAUAGCAGCCGCAUCACGGAAUGUGGUUCAGGUCCGCGGGGAAUGGCAGCUCUUGAGCAUCACCAAGGCCACUCCAAACAUGUCCCUGGCCACCAACCUGCACGACCAGAUCGCGUUCCACGUGGCCAUCAGACGCAGGCCCCGGCUCUAUGUGCUGCACCUCCUCGUGCCCAGCGGCUUCCUGGUGGCCAUCGACGCCCUCAGCUUCUACUUGCCUGCAGAAAAUGUGCACCGCGCCCCCUUCAAAAUGGCCCUGCUGCUGGGCUACAACGUCUUCCUGCUCCUGAUGAACGACCUGCUCCCCUUCGGCGGCAGCGCUCUCAUCAGCGUCUACUUCGCGCUGUGUCUGUCCCUGAUGGUGGCCGGCCUGCUGGAGACCAUCUUCAUCACCCACCUGCUGCACCCGACCCGGUCGGAGCCCCCGCGCGCGCCCCGCUGGCUGUAUGCGCUGCUGCUGCUGCCGCCGCCGCUGCCGCACCCCGGGCCCGGGAGCCGCCUCCGGGAGCACGGACCCCCCGCGGCGCCGGAGGCCCCAGGCCCCCAGCAGGCCGAGCCCAGCGGGUGCCCUGGGGCGGCGGACGCCCCCCGGGAGCCGCUCAGCCUCCGGCUGGACACCCUGCUCUUCCGCCUCCACCUGCUCUUCCUGGCCGCCUCCGUCCUCACCGUCGCGAUCCUUUGGAGCACCUAGGAACCUGGGCUUGGAGGCCGC